UAUGGCGUUGAGGAGGUGCUCAUCACACACCCCGACCGACCCCCACAUGUAGACCCGGCUCAACACUGGGCCGAUGCCCUGAUUAAGUCCAAGUGUAUCACAAACCUGUCGGCCCUACAAACUGCUAUCAAUAUUAGGACGAUGUUUAUGCAGCACUUGGUGGACGAAGUAAAGGUGCUGGAUAGUGUUUUCGAAAAGGUCAUAGCUAGCACUAAGCCUGAUGUUAUUGUUCUGGAUCAAAUGAAAGCGAUACCCGCGGUACUUUUGUCGGGUAUACCCUGGGUGGCCACGUGUAGUUUCAAUCCAUUGAUUUUUCUCGGUGAUGAAGUUACCCCACCUCCCAACUCAGGUCUGCCCGCAUCGGGUCCUGUAAGCGAGUGGAAAGCCUUCACGGAAACGACAAACUCAGCUCAAUAUCCCGUUUGGAAAGCUUUCGAUGAGUGGGUGCAGUCGAAAGGGUUACCCCCUCUGGCAAAAGACAGGUUUAUUUACGACUCACCCUAUCUUAACAUUUAUGGCUAUCCACUGGAGUUGGACUAUCUAGACAUCAGACCAUUGCCCCCAAAAUGGUAUCGAUUUGAUAAUCUUAAGCGUACGGAACAACAGCAGAAGUUUGAGAUACCGGUGCCAUUGAGGGGCAGACCAGGAAAGUUGGUGUAUUUUUCCAUGGGAUCAAUGGGUGGUACGGAUCUGAAUCUUAUGAAGAGAUUAGUGACUAUUUUGUCGAAAUCUAAGCACAGAUUCAUUGUAUCGAAAGGACCUCUUCAUGAGGAGUACGACCUACCG